AUGACUGAAAGAGGAGAUAAACAAACGAUCUCCAACUUAUCUGCUGGAUUAAAGAGUGUACUGCUUAGUGAUCAGUUGAUUAAUCAACCCCGUCAAAAUGUUGAAGGUAUCAAUAAACAUAAUGGUAGCAAUCCUCAAGCUGCCAGUAAUUUAAGCUUAUUACAACAGCAAUUACAUAAUGAGGCACAUCAACAACAGCAAUCCAGAAUCACUCAUUUCUUCCAGAAUCAACCAACAGAAGGAUAUACUUUGUUCUCCCAUCGUUCUGCUCCUAACGGGUUUAAAGUGGCAAUUAUCUUGUCGGAAUUGAAUUUACCUUUCACUACUAUCUUUUUGGAUUUUAAUAGCGGAGAACAACGGGCUCCGGAAUUUGUUACUAUAAAUCCGAAUGCAAGAGUUCCUGCUUUAAUUGAUCACUAUAAUGAGAACACAGCUAUAUGGGAAUCGGGUGCUAUUAUUUUGUACUUGGUAUCCAAAUUCUUGAAAGAAAAUGGUGAUUGUCCAUUAUGGUCCAAUAAUAUUGUAGAGCAAGCACAGAUUUCAUCUUGGCUAUUCUUCCAAACCUCAGGUCACGCUCCAAUGAUUGGUCAAGCUUUGCAUUUCAGAUAUUUUCAUGGUUGUCCUGUUCCUAGUGCUGUGGAACGGUACACCGAUGAAGUUAGAAGAGUUUAUGGAGUAAUUGAAAUGGCAUUGGCCGAAAGAAGAGAAGCAUUGAUCAUGGAAUUAGACGUUGAAAACGCUGCUGCCUAUAGUGCUGGUACCACUCCUAUUUCUCAAUCAAGAUACUUUGAUUAUCCUGUUUGGUUAGUGGGAGACAGAGCCACUAUUGCUGAUUUGCUGUUUGUACCUUGGAACAAUGUGGUGGACAGAAUUGGUAUCAACUUGAAAGUUGAGUUCCCAGAAGUAUACAAAUGGACAAAAUAUAUGAUGAGAAGACCUGCGGUUAUACGGGCAUUACGUGGUGAUUGA